GUCGGGCGCCAGGGUGGUUGAGCGCCAGGGUCGGUCGGUCGGGGCCAGCUCGGGAGCGCGGUCGGUGACAGCGGCCCGCACCCGCACCGUUGCGGCGCCCCGGAGGCUACCACCCCGUAUGGAGCUCUUGCGGACUAUCACCUACCAGCCCGCCGGCGGCACCAAGAUGUGCGAACAGGCGUUGGGCAAGGCUGGCGGCGGCGACUCGAAGAAGAAACGGGCUCAGCAGCCCCUCGAGGACGCGCAGCUGUCGCAGGCGCCGGGCCAGACUGGGGCGGCCCCCCAUCACCACCACCACCACUCGCACUCGGGCGCCGAGAUCUCACGGAUUAUCGUCGAUCCCACGACGGGGAAGCGCUACUGCCGGGGCAAAGUGCUGGGAAAGGGUGGCUUUGCAAAAUGUUAUGAGAUGACAGAUUUGACAAACAACAAAGUCUAUGCUGCCAAAAUUAUUCCUCACAGCCGGGUAUCUAAACCUCAUCAAAGGGAAAAGAUUGACAAAGAAAUAGAGCUCCACAGGAUUCUUCAUCAUAAGCAUGUUGUGCAGUUCUACCACUACUUUGAGGACAAAGAGAACAUUUACAUUCUCUUGGAGUACUGUAGUAGAAGGUCCAUGGCUCAUAUUUUGAAAGCAAGAAAGGUGUUGACAGAGCCCGAAGUCCGAUACUACCUCAGGCAGAUUGUGUCUGGAUUGAAGUACCUACAUGAACAAGAAAUCUUGCACAGAGAUCUCAAGCUAGGGAACUUUUUUAUUAAUGAAGCCAUGGAGCUCAAAGUCGGGGACUUCGGUUUGGCAGCCAGGCUGGAACCUUUGGAACACAGAAGGAGAACGAUAUGUGGCACCCCAAAUUAUCUCUCCCCUGAAGUUCUCAACAAACAAGGGCAUGGCUGUGAAUCAGACAUUUGGGCUUUAGGCUGCGUCAUGUAUACAAUGUUACUAGGAAGACCCCCAUUUGAAACUACGAAUUUGAAAGAAACCUACAGGUGUAUUAGAGAAGCAAGGUAUACAAUGCCAUCGUCAUUGUUAGCACCUGCGAAGCAUUUAAUAGCUAGUAUGCUGUCUAAAAAUCCAGAGGAUCGGCCCAGUUUGGAUGACAUCAUUCGGCACGAUUUUUUUUUGCAGGGUUUCACGCCAGACAGACUUUCUUCUAGCUGUUGUCAUACAGUACCAGAUUUCCACUUGUCAAGCCCAGCUAAGAAUUUCUUUAAGAAAGCAGCGGCUGCUCUCUUUGGUGGCAAAAAAGACAAAGCCAGAUAUAUUGACACACAUAAUAGAGUGCCCAAAGAAGAUGAAGAAAUUUACAAGCUUAGGCAUGAUUUGAAAAAGACGUCAAUAACUCAGCAACCUAGCAAACACAGGGCAGAUGAGGAGCUCCAGCCACCUAGCAGUACGGUUACCAAAUCUGGAGCACCUGCAGUAGAAAACAAGCAGCAGAUUGGAGAUGCUAUUCGAAUGAUAGUCAGAGGGACUCUUGGCAGCUGUAGCAGUAGCAGUGAAUGCCUGGAAGACAGUACCAUGGGAAGUGUUGCAGACACAGUGGCAAGAGUCCUUCGGGGAUGUCUAGAAAACAUGCCUGAAGCGGACAGCAUUCCCAAAGAGCAGCUGAGCACAUCCUUUCAGUGGGUCACCAAGUGGGUCGAUUACUCGAACAAAUACGGCUUUGGGUACCAGCUCUCAGACCACACCGUUGGGGUCCUUUUCAACAAUGGUGCUCACAUGAGCCUUCUUCCUGACAAAAAAACUGUUCACUAUUAUGCAGAGCUUGGCCAAUGCUCUGUUUUCCCAGCGACAGAUGCCCCCGAACAAUUCAUCAGUCAAGUGACAGUGCUGAAGUACUUCUCUCAUUACAUGGAGGAGAACCUCAUGGAUGGUGGAGAUCUUCCCAGUGUUACUGAUAUUCGAAGACCUCGGCUCUACCUCCUUCAGUGGUUAAAAUCUGAUAAGGCCUUAAUGAUGCUCUUCAAUGAUGGCACCUUCCAGGUGAAUUUCUACCAUGACCACACGAAAAUAAUCAUCUGUAACCAAAAUGAAGAAUAUCUUCUCACUUAUAUCAAUGAGGACAGAAUAUCUACAACAUUCAGACUGACAACCCUGCUUAUGUCUGGCUGUUCAUUAGAACUGAAAAAUCGAAUGGAAUAUGCUCUGAACAUGCUCUUACAGAGAUGUAACUAAAGACUUUUGAACGGACCCUAUGGGACUCCUCUUUUCCACUGUGAGAUCUACAGGGAAGCCAGUAGGAUGAGUUACAGCAUGUUGAAGAAGAUGGACAGGUGGUGGUACGAAAACAAUUCCUCUGUGGCCUGCUGACUGGAUGGAGACAGAGCUGACUAAGACAUACAGUCUUUGCCUUUGGACAAUCCUAGAGUGAACCAGAAUGCAGUUUGCCUUUGUGUACCUGUUUUUAAAGGUUUUGUUUUGUUUUGUUUUUUCAGAUUAUUUUGCAGAAAGUUGCAUAUACUCAACUUCUCUCUGUUGAGAGCAUUUCAGACAGAGGACAUGGAACUGUGAAUUUACUUCCUGAAGGGGAGGGAGAAGGGAGGAAGCUCCCACGUUGUGUAAUUGGAGCAGCUUUUGGCUGCUUAACUGUGAACUAUGGCCAUAUAUAAUUUUUUUUGGUUAAUUUUUGAAAGACACUUGUGGCUGGAAAAGUGCAUUCCUUGUUAAUAAACUUUUUAUUUAUUACAGCCCAAAGAGCAGUAUUUAUUAUCAAGUUUUUUUUUAUGUUGACCAUUUUAAACUGUUGGCAAUAAAGUUU